GUGUCAUAUGUUUUAACUUGAUGUAUUUUUAAACUGUAGAAAUUUUAACAGUUUACUUACAUAAAUUUGUUAAUUCAAUGAAUAAACAUGCUUUGAGCAGUAGCGUUCAUUUUCUCAGUGCUUCCCACUAAAACGAAGCUACGAAUGAACCAUGAUGGAGUUUCCCAAUUCAAACUUUCAUUUUGAUCAAACUCAAACUCUGUUGGAUUCCAACACGGCAAAUUUUGGGACCAACCACGACAUAGUAAAGUCGACACACAGUUCAAGUCUUUACCUCCUUAAACCUCUUCCACCACCAGCUCAGGUUACAGGAAGCACUAAUCUCCUCGCACACUUUGGACUGGAGUCAACAUACAACAAGUUUUGUGGCAAAAAACUCAAAGAAACUCUCAGUUCAUUUCUACCUCAUCUUCCAGGAGUUACCGAUGGUCCGGCAGCAAGCAAUGGGAGCAGCCUGCGAUCAGUUAUCGAUAAACCUCCGAUUGUUGGAAGCAAAGAAAUCCAACCUCUUUCUUCCGGAGUACUGAUGUCGGCGUUCCGCCUGCAUCCUGGACCUCUACCGGAACAAUACCGUCCUCUUCAUCAGCAAAAUGAAAGCCGGCGAAAACCAAAACACAAAAAGAACCGACCUGACCCAGUUUCUCUCGACCAAAGGGGACCAGAGCUUGAAAGUAAGAAACAUAAAAAGAGAAAACACGAGGAUGGGGAUAAGAAGAAAAGGAAAAAGGAGAAGAAGAGAAAACGGGAAAGAGAAAAAGAACGGAUGUAGUCUUAUGUAGAUGUCAAAACUUUAUAGAAAAUUUGUUUCACUGUUUAUUUCUUUCUUUCAUUUUGUACAACUUUUCCUAUUUAAUUUUUGACUUCUAAUCAAUAAUUUAGAGUAUAAACCAUGUUAUAUUUGGUAGUUUGGUAAUUUAGUUAAAUUUCUUUCAUUAAAACAUUUAAUGAAAAACUUUUUAUUCUUAAC